AUGUCUUUCAAUAACCGUAAGUUUAGUAUGAACCGAUCCACCGGAACACCGCGAGUGAGUGGUAUGAGAAGAUACAGCCAGAAUGAGACAAAUACUAACGAAAACGACUCAAAUAUUCAUCAACAAUUUAGAAAUGCUCACGAGGGGCAUAAACCACACGCUGGGCUCGACCCUACUCGUGCUUCUACGGGUGUGAUCUGGUGCACGGAACGUGCAUAUGAACACGGCUUUCUUGAAGAAGUUGACAAGUGGGCGAAUCUAGGGCAAGGAGCCCCCGAAGUAGAGGAUGAAAUUAAGGGUUCUUUUGAUCGACCUCAAACCAUUGAUAUUACUAUGGCAGGACGUGAAUAUGGCCCUACAGCAGGUAUUAAAAGUUUGCGGGCAGCUGUAGCGAAUCUUUACAAUUCUCACCAUCGCAAGGGCAAGGAGAGUCAGUAUAGUUGGGAGAAUGUCUGCAUCGUUCCAGGUGGCCGGGCAGGAUUAAUCCGUAUCGCUGCUGUAUUGAAUAACGCAUACCUGGGAUUCUUUAUACCCGACUACACGGCGUACAAUGAGAUGUUGUCAUUAUUUAAAAAUUUUGCUGCAAUCCCUUCCCCCUUGGAAGAGCAAGACGGUUACCACAUUCAUCCAGACAAGAUUGCCGAAGAGAUAGCUCGAGGUGUUUCGGUUAUUCUUACCUCAAAUCCCCGCAAUCCUACGGGAAAAGUUGUGAAAAACCCCGAGUUGGCAGAGAUCCAAGAUCUCUGUCGUGGCCGUGCCACACUAAUCAUGGAUGAGUUUUACGGUGGAUAUAACUAUACUAGCGACUGCGACGGCACUACGAUAAGUGCCGCCGACAAUGUUGUGGAUGUUGACGUGGAUGAUGUGUUGAUCAUUGACGGCCUUACUAAGCGGUUCCGUCUCCCCGGAUGGCGCAUAGCAUGGAUUAUUGGCCCCAAGGACUUUAUCAAAGCUAUUGGUUCCUGUGGGUCUUAUCUCGAUGGAGGCGCUAACGUGCCGUUCCAACAAGCGGCCAUUCCUAUGCUAGAGCCGACUCGGGUUAUCAAUGAGAUGAAAGCUAUCCAACGCCAUUUUAGGGACAAGCGUGAUUAUGUGAUCGAACGGCUACGUAACAUGGGAUUUAUCAUUGGCACCAUACCUGAUAGUACCUUCUACCUCUGGCUAGACCUUACAGGAUUACCGGAAGCCAUUAAUGACGGCCUUAACUUUUUUCAAGCCUGCUUAGAAGAGCGAGUCAUUGUCGUACCCGGAAUCUUCUUUGAUCUUAACCCUAGCAAACGUCGUGACCUAUUUGACAGUCCUUGCCAUCACUUUGUUCGCUUCAGCUAUGGUCCAAAAUGGGACACCCUUAAAAUGGGAUUGGAUGGAAUUGAGAGGGUUGUCAAUAAGUUCAAGACAGACGGCAUGUUAAUGCAGAAAUAUCAAGAAGAGGCGAUUGAGGACUAG